AAGUCGUCUGCUUCAGCGCUAGGGAUAUUAGCUUCUUACAUCUGUCAUAUUACAUAGCAUGCGAUGCGUAUUUCUUUAUCAUUACAGUAAUAUAACGUAUAAUUAUAAAAUCAAAGAAUAUACAUCCGCUAUAUUCUAUGACAGUGAGAAUACUUUUUUAAACAACUGUUUUUCUCACUAUACUUCUUGCUUUUUUUAUUAAAAAAAUGUGUGAUCAAAUAUCGGUUAAUAUUUUGUUUUAAUUCAUUCGACAUCAAAGAGAUUUUAAUAUUCAUGCGUUCGUUAGAAAAUUUGUUAGCCGACAUAACCUCUGAUGAAGAUGAUGAUGAUAUUACAGAAUACACAUCAAGUGAAUAUGUUGAACCUACGUCAUCGGAUGAAGGUGAGGAGGUGGAGGAGGAAGAAAGAGAGGCAAGGGAGACGGAAGAGGAGGAUGCAGCGCAAGCGCUGAACGCUGUAGCCGAUGUACAGUUUGUACCGGCUGAAAUGGUGGGGGUGAGCGCUGCCGAUGCACACGGAGAGGAGUUGCGGGCGGAGGAGAGCGAAGCCGUAAGGAGAGAAGCAGCAGCAGCGGUAGCUGCGGCGCCUGCAGCGGUGCGUCUUCAGGUGAAUGAGGCGAUGGAGGAGGAGGAGGAGGAGGAAGAUGAAGCAGUAGAGAGAGCGCAGAAUGAGCACGAUGCUAGAGCGGAAGAGGCUGAAGAUGUACCUGCCAAUAGGGAUUCUCAGCGCAUGGUUAAUGUUGACCACCUUCUUGCCACAUGUAUAGAGCCAACAGCUGCUGCUAAUAAUAUUCUACAGCGCUUGAUGGAACGAGCAGCUGAUGAAAGCGAGAAUAUUAUUGAGUAUGCGGAGCAUCCAUGUGUCAAAAGACGGCAACAAAUCCUCGACUUUUUGGCCCGACCAGUAGAACCCGAAGAAAUGCGGUACACAAGAAGAAGCGCUGGAGGAUUGGUCACCGAGCAUUUUUUUAACCAGGGAAAUCCAAGAGAUCGUCAAAUUAAUGAACAACAUAAUCACUCUGACGAUUCAUCUUGUUCUUCUUCUACAACCAUUUUUCCCUUAUCUACAUCAUCUUCGAACACCAAUACUUCUAUAGAAUCGCAGGAUUACGAGGCCGAUGAAAGUUAUUUUUCUAUUCAAGUUAGUAGAGGACAAAGAAGAAGAAUUGAAAAUUCAAGCAGCAAUAAUGAUGAUUUGUCUGACUACGAACAAGAGGAUAAUCAGCCCAGUGAGGAGAAUGAGGAGGCGGAGGAGGAGAUCAGCGAGGAGGAUGAGAAGAGAAGCGAAACAGACGAUAAUAUGAAUUAUCAAGGAGUCGAUGAGGAAAAAGAGGAUGAGGAUAUCCAGCCUCCUGGUAAUCGUUUUGAUAUUUUCCAACAAAAUUGGCAUUAUAUAUCUAAGUAUAAAAUAGAAGGUAGACGUAUUGUGUUAAAAAUAAGAUCUCCACCGAAGGAUGGAUCUAUAAAUCCGAUAGUUUGGUUGGAGUUAGUUAUUCGAUCUAUAAAUCCGAUAGUUUGGUUGGAGUUAGUUAUUCGAUCUAUAAAUCCGAUAGUUUGGUUGGAGUUAGUUAUUCGCGAUAUUUAUUCUUAUAUAAUUUCAUUAUGUAAUGAAAACGACAUGAUUGGCGUCUCCGUUAGAAGUUUAAAUUUUGCACGAGGCCCGGGUGGGUUAUCUUUACGAUUAGUAAAUAAUUUUUUUUACAAUGAUUUAUGGAAUUUAAUAAGCGGAUUAGCUCAGAGUAAUGAGGAUUUUCAAAUAGAUGAGAGCUUUAUUCUAACAUUAACACUUGUUAAUAUACCUAAUGGUGGCCGAGGUGGAAGUAGAAAGAGAAUGAGUGUUGAUAGCUUAUCUCAGAGAUCGGUUAUAUCUAUAAGAAAUAACGAUAAUUUAUGCUUGCCAAGCAUAAUUGUCGGGGAGGCUUUUAUGAUGUAUAAAAAAUUAUUUUCAAACGAAGCCAUUGAUACUUGGAAUAUUGUCAGAGGUAGCAGACGUGGUAUGCAAAAAGAGCGCGCAAAUCUCCUUACUAUUAAUGCAAACGUCGUAAUUCCUGCAAACGGGUGGGUAUAUGAGAAAUAGAGACGUAUCAACGGUAUUAUGUUGCAAAAAAUAUCGCUAUUGUAAUAUACGAUAGUUUAUCUUUUGGCAGUGGAGAACCGCCCUUUUACGAUGGAAGACCUCUAUUAAAUUCAAAUUCUUUUGACGUUAUAAAUCUUUUGUACGACGCGCGAAGGCGUCAUUUCGAUACAAUAUUAAAUUUAACCGGUGCUGCAGGCAAUCGUUUUUUCUGCGAACAUUGUAAUAAAAGCUAUAGAUACGUAGAUGAGCAUAGAUGCACAGCCAAAUGUGGCAGGUGUUUUUGUGCGCCAACGUAUAAUUCUAAUAUAAAUAUUAUAAAGUGUGUAGAAUGUAACCGAGAAUUUUACGGGCAAAUAUGUUUCGACCGUCACAAAAUAGAUGGGUCAUACAACAAAAAUAAUAAAAAAAUAUGCGAUGUAGUAAAAGUUUGUAAUAUGUGUUGCAAACGAAUUAAUACCUACAAGUCAAAGCACGAGUGUGGAAUCAAUUGGUGCAACUUAUGUCGCGAAAAACAUGAUGUAAAACAGCUCUGUUAUAUUCAACCCAUUGGACGUAAUGUUAACGCACAGAUUAAUCGUAAAUCCCCAAAGAAAAACUUAUUUAUUUUUUAUGACUUUGAGACGCGUCAAGAUUCUGCUUACCGUGAACAUACAGAGAUAAAAAUACACAUUCCAAAUCUAUGUGUUGUACAACAGGUUUGCGAUGAUUGUAUGGAUGAUGAAAAUAUAAAUAUACUAUGCCAUACGUGUGGUGUAAGAGAGCAUAUAUUUCGCGAUGAUCCAGUUAAACAAUUAAUAGGUUUGACAGUACGCGAGAAAACUACCUUCGGUCAAAUAAUUUGUAUUGCUCAUAACUCUCGUGGGUUUGAUGCCCAAUUUAUUUUGAGAGAAAUCGUUGAAAAUACCUCAAUAGUACCGAACGUAAUAUUGAAUGGACAAAAUAUAAUUAUGCUUCAAUGCGAGCGAAUACAAUUUAUUGAUAGCUUAAACUAUUUUCACAUGAAAUUAAGUGCUUUACCACAAGCCUUUUCUCUACCGCCAGCUAGCAAAAAAGGAUAUUUUCCUCAUCUAUUCAAUACUUUAGAUAAUCAAAAUUAUGUUGGGGCUUUACCCGAAGCAUCGUUCUAUGCGCCUAAUGCCAUGUCGACGUCUGAGAGGGAAAAGUUUAUUGUAUGGUAUGAGGAGAACCGAAAUACUUAUGAGUUUGAUUUUCAACGUGAAAUACUCGAUUAUUGCCGUAUGGAUGUAGAAAUUUUAAGACUUGCAUGCAUGGCUUUUCGGAAAAUUUUCAUUAAGUGCGGGAAUACUUGUCCGUUUACAGAGGCAACGACCAUAGCUUCUGCAUGCUCCAUUGUGUAUAGAAAAAAUUUCUUACGCGAAAAAACUAUCGGUAUCAUUCCAGCAGGUGGAUAUCGACGCGCUGAUAAUCAUUCGCAAAAGUCAAUACAGUGGCUGUUACAGUGUGAACGUGAGAUUGGUCGGGAAAUCAUACACGCGGGUAGAGCACGUGAAUUUAUGCUUCCAGAAGGGUUUCGUGUAGAUGGCUAUUUACCUCCGGAAAAUGACAAUGCAAAUAAAGGUAUUGUCUUUGAAUAUCAAGGCUGUUACACACACGGUUGCCCUAUUUGCUUUAAUAAACGACGAGAUAAAAUAAUGUCAUACGGCAGAACUAUGGAUGAGUCGUACGAGAAUAUUUUUCGGAAAAUUCAAAAAAUAAAAGCCCUGGGUUACGAAGUUCGAGAGAUAUGGGAAUGUACUUUUGAUCGGAUAAAAGCAGAGAAAAGCGAAAUCUACGAAUAUGUAACACAGCAUCCUCUUAUGAGUCGUAUAACGUUGAAUCCGCGCGAUGCUUUUUUUGGAGGUAGAACGGAGAAUAUAGUUACUGAGUACACGAUCGGAAAUAACGAAAAAAUUCAAUAUACAGAUAUAUGCUCUCUUUAUCCGUACGUGUGUAAAAGAGGUCGAUUUCCCGUAGGACAUCCGCGAAUUUUAAUUGGUGAAGACUGCAACGAAUUAACGCAGGGGAAUAACAAUAAUCUCAACAAUAGUGAAGGAUGAGUUAAAUGUAGUAUCUUACCACCGCGCGACCUGCACAUUCCACUCUUACCAAUUAAAAUGCACGGACGUCUUCUUUUUGCUCUUUGCCGCUCAUGCUGCGAAGAAAUGCAGCAGUGUGACUGCAAUCACGAAGAUCCACAAAUGCGUGAAUUCACGGGCACCUGGGUUGCUGAUGAGUUGCGUAAAGCUGUUGAACUCGGUUACAGUAUUACGAAAAUUUAUAUUAUUUGGCAAUAUGAGAUGACACAAUAUAAUCAAAUUGAUGGUAGCGGAGGUCUUUUUGCUGAAUACGUAAAUACUUUCUUAAAAAUCAAGCAAGAGGCUAGCGGAUGGCCCUCAUGGUGUACUGAUGAAGCAACUAAAUUACAAUACAUUGAACAGUAUAGACUCGAUGAGGGUAUAACUUUGGAUAAAAAUAAUAUCGAAAAAAAUUCAGGUUUACGAGCUGUUGCUAAGCUCUGCUUAAAUUCGUUUUGGGGUAAGUUUGGAUAACGGAGUAAUUUGAAACAAAUUGAAGUUGUAAAAUCACGUGAAUCUCUUUUAAAACUUCUUACUUGUCCGGAAAGAGAUGUUAAUGAUAUACUAGCAAUUAAUGAUGAGAUACUGUACGUGAAUUGGCAAUACAAGGAUAAGGCUGUCACUCCUGCCCCGCAUACGAGUGUCGUGAAUGCGGCUUACACCACUGCUCAAGCACGUUUAGAACUAUAUAAUUACUUGAGAAGGUUGGAUGAUCGCGUUCUUUAUUAUGACACAGAUUCUUGUAUAUUUGUUUCGUAUGACGAUGCUUCGGAUGAGUAUAAACCUUUUAUUGGCUCUAAACUAGGUGAUAUGACAGAUGAACUUUGUGGUUAUGGUGAGAAUACGUAUAUAAGUAAUUUUGUUUCGGGAGGACCAAAGUUUUACGCUUACACAGCUGUAACACCCAAUAAAGAUGAUAAAAUUGAAUGUUGUAAAGUAAAAGGUAUCUCAUUAAACUUCUCAAACGGUGUAAAAAUUAAUUUUGAUAGCAUUAAGAAUUUGAUUAACGAUGCCUUUGCAAACGAAGAUCACGAAUCUGAAAAAAUGAAUGAUGAAUGUAGUAAAAUACGCUUAAAAUUCAAAGCUAUCAGAAGAACUAAAUGCAUGAAGUUGUAACGCGUGAAGAAUCGAAAACAUGUUGUGUUGUAUUGAAAAAAUGACGAUACCUUAUUUACGUCACGUAAAUCUCUACCUUUUGGAUAUAAGAAUAAUUAACUUUUUGGAUGUAUUUAUUGUAAAUAAAAAUAAACACAAAUUUUUAUAUAA